UUUGCCAGUUGCUGCCACAACGCCGGGUGACCGGAGUCGCGAACAGCACCACCACCGAACCAGACCAAAUCGCCCCUUAAACCCUCUUCGCUGAUCACCACCCAGCGCUUCGCUCCCCUCCCCGAUGGACGCGCCAACGAAGCGGCGGCACCAGCCCGGCGGCGCCCACCCCACGCGCCGCAAGGUCGUGGAGGAGCCCUUCCACCCCACCGCCCCGGCGGUAGCGGCGGCGGCGCCCCCCUCCCACCUCGUCGGCGCCAUCGUCGAGAAGGGCUUCUCCGCCGCCGCUCCCUCCUCCACGCCCCGCCCCACCGUCCUCCCCUUCCCCGUCGCCCGCCACCGCUCCCACGGUCCCCACUGGGGUCCCGCGGCAAAGGACGCCGGCAAGGGUGCCGGUGAGGAGGAGGACGAUGAGAUGGACAUGGACGAGACCGACUACCAGUCGGUGGUGGUCGCAGCAGCUGGCCCGGUGAGGAGGAAGGAGAGGAAGGGCAUGGAUUUCAGCCAGUGGCGGGAGUUCGUUGACGACACUCCCCCCAAGCGGAGGCAGGGAAAGCCGGCGCAGGAGAAGAAACAGAGUGCGCAGAAAACUCAUGUUGGGGCUAUGACUUCAAAGGUGGAUGAUGCGGCAGCAGGGGAGAGAGAAUUGGAGGAAGGUGGUAUGCAGCUAUACAGUGGAAAUAGUAGGGAAGUAUCAGGUGCUGCGGCUUUGGUUUCUGAUAUGGUGUCAAAGAAGCUAAUGACGAAAGUUGAAUUGAGGGGUGAAAUGUCAAAGGCAGGUGAGGUUAGGGAUGCGACAUUGCGAGGAGAGGGUAUGGAAUUGGAUGGUGGGGAGUUGUCGAUUGAAGCGGAGAUUAACGCAGAGAACAUGGCUAGGCUGGCUGGGAUGUCUGCAGGGGAGAUUGCUGAGGCACAGGCAGACAUCAUGAAUAAGAUGAACCCUGCAUUGGUGGAGAUGCUGAGGCGGCGUGGGAGGGAGAAGUCUGGAGACACGAAGGGUGUGAGUAGGGACAAGGGUCAGGAAAGUUCAGGGUCACAAAAGGCCACAAGGGCUACGCCGGGGGAUUGGUUGACGGCUGGUGAGCAUAGUGGGAACUCUUGGAAGGCGUGGAGUGAGAGAGUGGAGCACAUCAGGUCGUGUAGGUUCACAUUGGAUGGAGAUAUAUUGGGGUUCCAAUCUUCGCUAGAGAAACAAGAUGGCAAGAAGACACAUGCAGAAAGUGUAGCUGAGCGUGAUUUCCUUAGAACAGAAGGAGAUCCUACAGCUGUUGGGUACACAAUCAAUGAGGCAGUGGCACUUACCAGGAGCAUGGUUCCUGGGCAGCGUGUGCUUGCGCUGCAGCUUCUUGCUUCUAUUCUGAAUAGGGCAUUGCAGAGCCUGCAUAAGAUGGAUAAAAUUGAUAAUGUUAAAGAAAUGAAUUCCAAUGACAAAUUUGAUGACUGGCAAGCAGUUUGGGCAUAUGCCCUUGGGCCCGAACCGGAGUUGGUACUCUCUCUAAGGAUGGUAUUGGAUGAUAACCAUGAUUCUGUAGUUUUGAGUUGUGCUAAAGCAAUUAAUGUCAUGCUGAGCUGCAAGUUCAACGAAUCAUAUUUUGAAAUUUCAGAGAAAGUAUUAGAUCACGGGAAAGAUAUCUGCACAGCUCCUAUGUUUCGUAGCAAACCUGACGUGGAUGGAGGCUUUCUUGAAGGAGGUUUUUGGAAAUACAACACAAAACCAUCGAAUAUACUUCCACACUAUGGUGAUAAUGAUGAGGAAGAAGGUGACGAGAAGCAUACAAUUCAGGAUGACGUUGUUGUGUCUGGACAGGAUGUUGCUGCUGGUUUUGUUAGGAUGGGAAUACUUCCACGAAUCUGCUUUCUUUUGGAGAUGGACUCACCUCCUGUUUUAGAAGAUUAUCUUGUUUCAAUUCUUGUGGCACUAGCCAGGCACUCUCCACAAUCUGCUAACGCGAUCUUGAAUUGUCCAAGGCUUAUUCAAAAUAUCACUAAGCUGUUGACAAAGCAAGGAUCAAUGGAAAUUCGCUCCUCACAGAUCAAAGGGGUUGCUCUGUUGAAGGUUUUGUCCAAAUACAACAGGCAGACAUGCUUGAAUUUUGUGAACCAUGGAGUUUUUCAGCAGGCAAUGUGGCACUGGUACAGAAAAGCUAGUACUCUUGAGGAUUGGGUAAGAUCUGGAAAGGAGCAAUGCAACCUUAGUUCAGCAAUGAUGGUUGAGCAGCUGCGGUUUUGGAGAACCUGCAUCUCAUAUGGGUUUUGCGUAGCACACUUCACAGAUUUCUUUCCUGUUUUGUGCCUGUGGCUAAGCCCUCCUAUGUUUCAGAAACUGAGUGAAAGCAAUGUUCUCUCUGAGUUUAGUUCCGUUGCUAGAGAGUCAUAUCUUGUCUUAGGGGCUCUGGCACAAAGGCUACCGCUUCUUCAUUCAGUGGAGCAGCUUACUAAGCAAGACUUGGGAGUUUCUGCCAGUUACAUUGAGACAUGGUCUUGGAGCCAUGUAGUUCCGAUGGUAGAUUUGGCACUAUCUUGGUUAUAUCUGAAUGAUAUUCCCUAUGUGUGUUCACUAAUUAAUGUGCAGAACAAGAAUACAAAUCACAUGCUAGAGGCAAGCUACUUGGUUUUGGUGAUUGCUUCUGUACUAGGCAUGCUUAAUUCGAUAUUAGAAAGAAUAUCACCAGAUGACACUCCUGAUGGUAAAUACUGCUUGCCUUGGAUACCUGAUUUUAUCCCCAAAAUUGGCUUGGCCAUAAUUAGUAAUGGAUUUUUCUGCUUCUUGAGCACUGAUGCUGUUGGACAUGAGGAGUAUCCGUCUUUCUGUGGUGCGUCAUUGGUGCAGGGGCUUUGUUAUAUGAGAUGCCAAGGUCAUGUUGCUGUAUCCUUGCCUUCCGUAAGUUGCCUUCAAAGAUUAGUGCAACUAUCCUGGUCUGUUGACAGAGUAAUCCAGGGAACCACAAAAAAUUGUUCUGAGCUUCUCAAAGAUUCUAAAACAGGGAUAGCUGGCAAGAUACUAGGCAAAGGCAUCUCCAGUUUAUGGCAUAACGACUUGUUGGAUUUGCUAACUUCGCUAUUACCGAUGAUUUCAUCGCAAUGGUCCAUAUUACAGAACACUGAGAUGUUUGGAAGAGGAGGACCAGCUCCUGGUGUUGGGUUUGGCUGGGGGGCAUGUGGUGGAGGCUUUUGGUCUCUUAAAUACCUACUUGCACAACUGGAUUCAAAUUUGGUCCUACAAUUGAUAAAAAUAUUCUCUGCAGCACCAAGGGUUCCCGUCACUCUCAGUGAAGUUGUGAACUCAGAUAAUAUGACUAAUACAGUUGUUACAGCUUCUGAGAGAAUCAGUUCUGUCCUUGGGGUGUCCUUGAUUGCAGGACCUGGGCAGAUCUCUAUGUUGGAGAAAGCCUUUGAUAUCCUCUUCCAACCUUCAAUUCUGAAGUGUCUCAAAUCAUCUGUUCAUGGUUUUGCCUGUAAUAUGGAAGUACUAAAAGCUUUUGAGUGGGACAUUACUGAGGAUGAAUACCUGCUUUUCAGCAGUGUGCUGAAUUCACAUUUCAGAUCCAGAUGGUUGGCUAUCAAGAAGAAGCAUUCAGAUAAAUAUGCUGGAAAUAGCAGCAGCAUUAAUGUGCCAAAAAUGCCAGAGACAUUGGAAACAAUUCAAGAAGAAACAGAGUUGACAGAAGCUGUAAAUCAACCUUGCAGCACAUUAGUUAUAGAGUGGGCACACCAGAGACUGCCUCUUCCUGCACAUUGGAUUCUAAGUGCAGUCUGCUGCAUUGAUGAUCCAAAAGGCAAACUCUCAACAUCAGCCAACUAUAUUCUUGAUGUCUCGAGGGCUGGUCUUAUCUUUCUUUUAGGUCUGGAAGCCAUUUCAGCUGCCCCAUGCCAUCAUACUCCUUUGGUUUGGAAGAUGCAUGCACUUUCUGUCUCCAUCCGCACUAGCAUGGAUUUGCUUCAAGAAAACAGAAGUAGGAGUAUUUUCCAUGCUUUACAAGAAUUGUAUGGACAGCAUCUGGACAGGUUAUGCCAGAAAUACUAUAGAUCUCAAUCUGUCAAGAAAGAUGAGAGUGCAGGAGUGGCCUCUUUAGAGGAGUCAAGAGAGGCCAGCAGCCUUGAAAUUCUCAGAUUCCAGGAGAAAAUUCAUGGAAGCUAUACUACUUUUGUUGAGAGCCUUGUUGAGCAAUUUGCGGCUGUCUCAUAUGGAGAUGUUAUUUUUGGUCGGCAAGUGGUCAUUUAUCUUCAUAGAAGGGUUGAGCCUACAGUUCGGCUUGCUGCAUGGAAUGCGUUGUCUAAUGCGUAUGUGCUUGAACUGUUACCUCCAAUAGACAAAUGCAUCGGUGACAUCCAAGGAUACUUGGAGCCUCUUGAGGACGAUGAGAGAAUUUUGGAAUCUUAUGCCAAAUCAUGGACAUCAGGUGUCCUUGACAAAGCUGCACAGCGUGAUUCUAUGGGCUUCACAUUAGCGAAGCAUCACCUUUCCGGCUUUGUCUUCCAGUGCAGUGCUUCUGGCAAAACGUUGCGAAACAAGCUGGUCAAAUCACUUAUCCGGUGCUAUGCACAAAAGCGGCAUCACGAGGCUAUGAUGAAGAACUUCGUUCUGCAAGGCAUUGCGCAGGAUUCUGGGUGCAGUAAUGAACUUGACCGGAGAUAUGAAAUCUUGAAGGAUGCUUGUGAGAUGAAUUCGUCCCUCUUAACUGAAGUCCAGAGACUGAAGACAUCUGUUGGUCAAUAAGUGUCAGAAUACAUUACAUUCUUAUAAUGGGAGGAGUUUGGUUGAAGAAAAAUAGCAGUUCAUUCAGUUUUGUUUCCGUAUUUCUUCACCCCAUUAGUGUAUCCUCAUCGCUGUUUUUGAAAUAGACUAAGUUCCACAACGUCUCAUGGUCACCAGAGUUUAGCAAUUGUAUGUAGACAAUUGAGCAAUGAAUCAUGCUGUACUCGCCGUGCCGACUAGAAACCUGACGCUGGGUAACUGUAAUGCUUGACUUGUUUGUAGUCAAAGGCAGAAAAAGAAAAUCUUAUUAAUACGAUUGCUCAAGCAAUUCCUACA